CGAAUAGGGGCCAGUUAUCCUUAAUUAAAAGAAGUUCCCGGAAGGCAUUAUUCCCUGCGUAACGACCAUCAUAAACGCAUACUACUACUAUUACAUGACAAUUACGUCACAUCUUACUACGGGGCGAUAUAGCCUAGAUUCUAGAAUCUCAUGCCAACUAGCUGAUACAAGACAAGAUAAUUUAGAACUAAUGCUCGCUCAGGGGCUACACUUGUUAAGUGAAAGAGACUGAUAUGUAGAAAAUGCACCAUUAGGAUGUGUACAAAUUGUGCACUAAAUGCAUCAUCCCGAAUAACAAAAGUAUAUUAAGACAAACUAACCUUUUGUUCGUUAUGCUGUAGACAACAACUUCAGACAUCGAAGCCGCGAACCCGAAGAGGGAUGGGAAAAUUACCAAUCCGAAAUGCAUUGUUAAAUAGGCGGAAUAAAGUGAACUUAAACUUAGUCUCUGUUAAUUGUGGAUAAUUAAUAAAAACGUGAUAAACAUUACUAGUCUCACUAUUGGAAGAAGAAACCUCUACUUAUAACUUUUUAUAUUAAUUAUUAUCGAAUGGCAAAAUCUUAAUUUUGAGGGUAGUGAUGAGUUUUAUAUAAAAAAAAUUCCGCAAAUUAUAAUCGUUCUCAGAAAAACGUAAGCGAUAUCACGUGGAUGAGAAAAGCGUCGUUUUCACGAAUCCACGUGACAAAGUGACGCAAACUAGGUCACGUGAUGCGCUUUAUACCCGUCCGCCGUUUAACGUGCUAUUCCGCUACGAAAACAAUCUUAAACAAUGGCGACUGGAUAAAUAGUUCCGCGAUGAUUUGUUCUACAGUACUUUUUAAACGGAUCGCCCCCAAAGAAUUCUAUGUAAUUUAGAUAUGUCUGUCAAAAAUGUCUCUUUAGUAAAAAAUGAAGAAGAAAUGCUUAAUGUAUGAGCUGUUAAUAAUUACACAGUCAAGAGGAGUUCGAAGACAAUGGCAGUCUCGAGUGACGUCUGUUCGGGUUGCGAGUAUAAUUUCUAUGACGCAGGAGCCUUCUCUAACGAUCGCGUUAAAGAGGAAUUGUUACGCCACGGCAUUUGGCGUGAUCAUACCAAUUGCGGUCGGUGUGGCAAUCCUCUACGCGCAGAGGACAGAGGUCGGUUCCACUGCGGGAAGCAAAUCCGGAGGGUAAAAAAACGUCCUGUGGUAUGUGGAUGGAGUAAAACGAUUUGGUCGGGCACAUUUUUCGAAAGGACUUAUCUCCAGCUGAUUACUCUAUGGCGAUUUAUUCUUGCCUUGCUAACCAUGCCACCUCCAAGACAGUGUCAUCUAGAACAAUUUCUCGACCUUUCCUCCAAGACCAUCACGGAUUUGUAUGUCUCCUGCAGAGAAGUACUUGUCUACAGUGUGCUGUCAACGUCCGAAAAGCUUGGAGGAGAAGGCCGGGUCGUGGAAGUAGACGUAGCAAAAUUUGGAUGGCUUAUGUACGGUAGGGGAAGGAUAACUGGUCGGUGGUUCUUUGGAGGCAUCGAGAGGGAGACUGGAUGCACUUUUCUGGUACCGUUGGAAAAGUGUAGUGCCGCUACCUUGGUCACGGCCCUGAAGGAGUGGGUGCUUCCCGGGACGACAGUUGUGGGAGAUUGCUGGCAGGUGUAUAAUUGUCUUCGAAACGAAGCCUUCUGUUGCUUGAUGGAUAGUUACACUUAUAGCUUUCUCGAUCCCGAGAUGGGUGGUCAUACCAAUGUGGUCAAAAGGACGUGGCGUGAGGUUCGGGUGAAAGUUCCCCGGUAUGGUCAGAAAAAAGAACGUGCAGUUGGGCAUUUGGCAGAAUAUCUCUUCAAAGCCAAAUACCCAAACAUGGCCACCAGACUUCACCAUUUCCUCAUUGCUGCUGCAGGUCUUUACUCCCCGGAUUACUAGCUUCGUGGGAAUUUACUCGCAACUCUACGCACAAAUGGAUCUCUUCGUGACCGUCGUUUUGAAAAGGAGGCUUGUGGAAUAUUCGGUGUUGCAUCUAUAGAAGAGUGAAAGUCAAGGAAACAUGAAGCUGUGAAAACAUUAAGAGAGAUGCUUGAAGAUCGUAAAAUGCAUCUGAUGGGUAGACUGGAUGGUAAAAUGCAUCUGAUGAGUUUUGGAAGCAAACGAAAAGUGUUGGAAAAGUAAAGAUAAAUGGAAUGAUCAAAUUGAAUGUAAAGGGCAGCAGAUAUUGUCAAGAAAAUGACUGGAUGAGUGAAAGUACAGGUACCUACAACCUGAAAAUCUGAACUGAAAUAGCCUAUCUCAGAAAGUUUGGCUCAAGGCAGAAACCAACUCUGGUCAGAACACCAUUUCAUUGAAGGUGCACUCACUUAUGCUAGAAAAAUUUACAUGCCAAUUAAUCUAAUAUUAAUGUCUUUGGGAUGUAAGAGUAUCAAAAGAAAACCCAAGCAGCCAAGGUGAGAAUAUGCAAAUGUCAUACAGCUAGAACUUUUUUUUUUUUUUUUGCCUUUUUCAUUAAAUACUGUUAAAGAGUAAAGAAAAUAUGUUGGGAUGAUUAAAAAUUACAAGUCUUUCAAUGUGUGUAUGCAUAUGGAAGGGAGCAAAAUGUCAAGUAAAAACAUUGUGCAUCAAAACGAUAUCCUUGCAUAUCAAAGUUAUAGAGUAAAAACAAUUUUUAUAAAAUGUGAUAAAACUAUUUUGAACUGAAAAGAGAUCAAGAAGACUAACAGAAAAGCUGAAAUAAUUUCUGUAAAUUAAUGUUAAAAUUACAAUAAAAAUUAUCAAUA